AUGCCCAAAGGAAUAGACUUUGCACUCAGGAAUUUUCUCGAAAUUGUAGCGAUUACCAAGUCUCUCUCCUUCGAUAUUGCCUACGGCGUUGCCUCAUGCUGCAAAAGUCCUGAAGUUGAUCUGCCACUGAAAAAAGAUGGGUUCACCUCAGAAAGUACAACUCUGGAAGCCUUGCUGCGUGGAGAGGGAAUAGAGAAAAAAACGGACACUAAAGAGGAAGACACUAUACAAGAAAUCCAGAGGGUUUUAGAAAAUGAUGAAAAUGCAGAUGAAGUGAAUGAAGAAGAGGAUUUGGAGGAAGAUAUUCCAAAACGAAAGAACAGGCCCAGAGGACGGCCAAAGACCCCCACCUGGAAAAAAAUUUUCCAGAAAAAUGCUCGGGGAUCUGGAGGUGGCAGGAGACGGAAUGAUGCUGCCUCCCAGGAUGAUCAUGACAAACCCUAUGUUUGUGACAUCUGUGGCAAGCGCUACAAGAACAGGCCUGGGCUGAGCUACCACUAUGCUCACACCCACCUCGCCAGCGAAGAGGGCGAUGAAGCCCGCGAGCAGGAGACGCGCUCUUCCCCUGUCCACAGAAACGAAAACCACAAAC